AUGAGACGGCAAGUACUGUUGUUCUUCUCGGUUUUCUCCGUCACAUCGGUGCUCGGGCAGGUCAGCUACUCCAUUCCCGAGGAAAUGGAGAAAGGUUCAUUAGUUUGUAAUGUAGCUCAGGAUUUAGGUUUAGAUUUGAAAAGGCUCAAAACGGGCAGAGCUCGAAUUCAUUCUGGAGACAGUGCAGAAUAUAUCGAGCUGAACAGAGACAGGGGUGUCCUCCUUAUCAACGAGAGAAUAGACAGAGAGACGCUUUGUGGAGAAACGACGCCCUGUGCUUUACAUUUACAGAUGAUUCUGGAAAAUCCCAUGGAAUUGUUUCGAAUAACAAUAGAAAUCACAGACAUUAAUGACAAUGCUCCCAGCUUUGCAUCGAGCGAGAAACGUUUUGAAAUCAGCGAGUCUGCCGUCAUUGGCUCUAAAUUUCUACUGGAGAAAGCUAUCGAUGCUGAUAUUGGUACAAAUGGUCUCCAAAGCUAUUCUCUUAAACCAACAAACAACUUCGCACUAAAACUAGAGAAUCAGGCAGAUGGAAGUAAAAAGGUAGAAAUGGUUCUACAGAAGCCUCUCGAUCGAGAGCAGGAGGAGCAAAUAACGCUGUUGCUGACUGCUCUGGAUGGCGGACAGCCGCGUAUGUCAGGCACAAUGCAGAUCAACGUUAAAGUGUUGGAUGUAAACGACAAUGCACCAGUUUUCACUAAGCCAGUAUACAAAGCAACGGUAAUGGAAAACUCCCCGAGGGGAACUAGCGUUCUAACUGUUAGCGCAUCUGACAAAGAUGGAGGCUCUAACGGAGAAAUAUCAUACGCCAUUUCAAACAGCAAGCGUCGUUUAUCCGACCUGUUUCAGAUAGAUAGAACAACUGGAGAGGUUAUCUUGAUCGGUGAAAUAGACUAUGAAAAAGCAAAGCUUUUCCAAAUAGAUGUCGAGGCUACAGAUAACGGAGGGCUGUCUGAUUCUAGCAAGAUUCUAAUUGAUGUCACUGAUGUUAAUGACAACAGUCCUCAGUUGAAAAUACUGUCUAAAUCAGAUGUUAUUUUAGAAGACUCUCCUGAGAAUACUGUAAUUGCUAUGCUAAGCGUAAAUGACCCUGACUCUGAAAGAAAUGGCGAAGUUAAGUGCAAUAUUAAUGACGACAUUCCUUUUAAAAUACAAAACACAAUGAAUGGAUUUUAUAGUUUAGUAACAGAGGUAGCUUUAGAUAGAGAAGCGGCUCCGCAAUAUAAUAUAACUGUGACCUGCUCUGAUGAGGGAGUGCCCUCCCUCUCCAGCAGCGUCACUCUCACCUUACAGAUCUCUGAUGUCAAUGACAACGUGCCUGUCUUUGNAUGGAUCCGAGUUGUACAGGAACGAUGCAGCGGAUGCAGAGUGAGAAGAGCAUCCUGGAUGAACCAGACUCUCCACUGGAG